AUGCCAUCCAAAUGCCCAUUCAUAUUUUUGGUCAUCAUCUCUUUAGCUCUCUUCACAGCUCCAACCAACGCCGUGGCUGUUGCUGCCACGGCUGGCCCAUUGGGCUCUCCAGCUGGGAACCCUCCAGGAACGAUACCGGCGGGAUCUGGAUCCGACAGCAAUGAGACCACCACUACCACAGAUGAGAUACUAGAAGAUUAUGAACCGGUGGUACGAGCCCUCGACACAGUUCUCGCUGUGGUCUGCGUGAUACUGACCACCACGACCUACGCGGUCUUGAUUGGACCGGGCACAAGGUUGUUGAGCACCUGCAAACUCCCUCUUACCGUUCUCGAGGAAAACAUCGGAAAUUUGCUUUCCAGAGCUUGGCCUGAUACCAGUGAGUCCACGGCGUCCACGGAUCCACCGGGAGGAGGUCCGACUACGACGGAUUCCAUCCGACUUCUAUAUGUUGGUCAGAUGGACGGGGAACCGCAUCAGGCGGCCCGAGGCGUUACACAAUGCAAUGCGGUUCCCAACGAGAGAAUCCAGACACCUCCAAUGUGGUUAACCACUGGAUCAUCACUCACCAAAAGCAUGGUACAACUAGCCGUGUGGGAGUGGGUGUGUUUAUGGACAGCUCUCUCGAUGUUGGUGUCCACCUUGGCAUUCAACGGAUUCCUUACCAACGAGAGGGGCCCAGACAGCUAUCCGAGACUGGUGGUCGUUGUGAUUUACGCAUCCGCCUUCUGUACACACUUUUGGUAUGUCUUUCGGACCAUCAUGGCUUUCUUUACCUUGGUCAUCGCGGGCUCAAGUUGGAGCUUGUUGAACAAAGCGGCCUUCAGAUCCGUUGAGCUCGCUCAGCUCAAAGCUCGAUUGGAAGGUGGUCCGACAUCGCCGACGUUCAGAGAACUUGGAAAACCUGCUGCCAACCCAGCGUAUGCAAUAUGCCCGGCAACUCUUCUGCAAGAUGUGGACGUCGUCCCGAUCGCGGACAAGGAAACCAUGACAGACACGCAACAAAGCGAAGCCAGAACCGUUGGAGAUUGGCAGAAAAGAGAUAUCACGAGCGCGGUGGACUCGGGGAGGACCGCUCUAGACGGCGUCGUAGCCAAUGUCAUGACCAUGGUAGGGAUUGUCAUCACCACAGGUUUCUCAGGAUGGACGACCAGGCCGACUGACGGCACAGUGAGCUCUCAGCUUGGUUCCCUGGCUCUUUUGGCUUCACUUACGCUCGGAGCGGCCGCCAUGUUCAGCAGCGCCAUCGAUUUGAGCGUCAUGUUGACGUCGUUUCGAAACAUUCUCUUUCUAAAGGAAGUCCUCCUCAACGGGGAAGCCUCAGGCCAUGUGCAGAAACGUGCCUCGAACAGAAAAGUGGUGGGUUUCACGCACAAGACAGUCACGCCCCGACCGCUGGGACUCAGAGAUCUAGCCAUCAGCGCCAGUUUCUGGCCUCUGGUUAUCUUUGGUCCCGCUUAUACUCUGCUUCCCAGCGAAGAGGACCAUGAUCGGCAAUCUAUGGGAGCCAAGUUUGAGUUAGGCGUCAGAGUCAGAGGCAAGAAAGUCAUUUUUACCACAGAAACAACCGAUCGACAUAAUACCAAACCCGAUGGCACGAAUGUUGGCUCGAUCAAUGUUUGCCAUGAAAUUCCGAGUAUGCCAUCGACGGAGGCACCACGUAUUUCCAAGCGUCGAAAUCCUUUCCUCACAUUUCUGCGAGAUUCUCCAAACCGAAUCUCCGUCAAAGAGAAAGAGAAACAGAUCAGUGUUCACACAGCCAAUGUGGCCGGACCGUGA